GCCCUCCCUGCAGAUCCGCUCACGCCAACCGAGGGUGCAGGCUGUUGUAGGCUUUAAGUAAGGUAUCCCCGCAGAAGGAAAUCCCCGGUGCUGCUUCUCCUGUGCAAGUGUCCCAAUUACAUCUUUGUGCCAAACUCUGGAAACUACGCGGUGCGAGAGAGCCCGUGUGAAUCAUGCUGUCUCUUGGCGCCAUGAAAGAUGGCACCAUCCUACCGAGUGAGGAAGACCGGAAACGGAUUAUUACCCAAAUGAAAGUAAGGACAACUCUGAAAGGGGACAAGAGUUGGAUCCAUCACAGGUCUGAUUCUGAGGAGAAGCAGAACCACAGUCCUUUGACACCUUCUACAGCUCCAUCUUCCCACAGAGAACCACAGUCUCCUUCAGCACACAAAAAUCUUUCCCCAAAUUCUUCUACUGCCACCUCAUCUGGGUAUCUCAUCAGGGGAGUUUUCACCAAGACCAUUGAUAAGUCAUCUCCUUCCAAGCCAGCAUCCAACGGGACACAGAAAAGUAUCAAGAGCCCAAGCCAGACCUCCCCCUCCAGCCAAGGGCCCAAGAUGUCCACUGAGGAUUACAAAAAACUAGCUCCCUAUAAUAUUAAGCGUGAACUCUCACACCCCGGAGAUGGACAACGCUUUGUUUCUCCAGAGGAGCAGAAAAAGAGGGCAGAAGCUGCUAGCAGCGUGCUCAGGCGUACGGCCGGCCGGGAGCGCUCCUAUGUCCUUUCAGCUGCAAAGAAAACUGGAGGAAGUCCAACACAAGAGGUACCGUCCUUUGUGGCUAAGAAGAUUGACGUACCAGAUGACUUUGGUCCACGAUCCAGGAGUCAUACUGUACCUGCCUCAGCAUGGUUUAACAGUCGUGGGAAGAGCACUAAUGGUGAAAGAAGAACUUUGGAGACUCCUCAGAGUGCUUCUGUAAGAACCAGUGUUGAUACAAGCAGCAGAAGAAAUGUGGCCUCAAAACCCUACCUUGAAACUUCAUUCAAUUACUCUACAUCUGUGGAGAGCAGUAACAACUCAGAUGAGAAGUAUGAAAUGAGUUCUGGACAUGAUCCUGUCCCCAGAAUCCCUACUUCUCCAAAAAAAAGUGAGAAGAAUGAAUUGCAGAGUCACACAUUUUUUGACAAAUCAGCUCUGGAGCUCAAACAUGAAGUCGCCAAUGGAGAAAGAAAACCAAAGGAUCCAGACUCAAAAGCUGCAGAACUGUGCCAUCAUCAGCCAAUGACAGAAAAGGAAAACACUGAAGUAUCCCCAGGAAUGGGCUACAGAACAUCCACUCACUUGGACAACAACGAGGGUGCUGACUCAAAGAGGUCUGAGCUACAGCUUGGGGAACACAAUCUGAGUACCACUGGGGUCCAGUGUGAACUUUUAAGUACUCCCAAGAGGGAGGAAUCAGAUGUGGAGGUUUCCAGGUGCAGUUCCUUUGCUACAGAGAGUAGAAUUACCUCCCCACAGAACCAGUACAGAGAUCACAGAUCAGAUGAAGAUUCAGACAGUGUGUCUUACUACCCCUUCAGAGAUGCUGGGAGUAAUGUUCCAAAAAGCCAUAGAGUGCCUUUUUAUAAGGACAUCUGUGACACAGAGAGUGGAAGGACUCUGACUGAUUCCGAGGCAAAGGAUCACCCUACUUCCUUUGAACAGAAGAAUUUUUCUAAUUAUGAUUCAGAUCCCUCUGCAUCAGGCAAAGGCCUUCUCUUUGUGAAAGAAUCCAUCAAAAGCAUGGAACUGUCCUCCACCCCACGUUACAACAGUCGCAGUUUGGUUGACUUGUCUGAACUUGAGAAUCCAAGCUACAGCAGUUCCAGCUAUCUAAAUAGCACACCUUCAAAAAGGUCUUUGGAAGACAUUUGUACUUGCUGUGGCCGAGUAAUCCGCAACUGUGCCAAGAUAUCAAUUGAGAACCUCAACAUCAGCUGCCACGAAUACUGCUUCAAAUGCGGAAUCUGCCACAAGCCAAUGGGAGACUUCUUGGAUCAAAUCUUCAUUCAUCGGGAUAUUGUCCACUGUGAUAAGUGCUACGAGAAGCUCUUUUAGAUUCCAGGGAUUGGACCAGCCUGCCCAAAGAGACGCCUGCCUUCGUCCAUGUGGCCUGGGUUCUCCUAAGGACUCUUGGAUUCAUCAAGCACCCUCUUCCUCGUGUUCUCAAGUUAUUCCUCCUUCCUCGUCUUCAGGCAGGCCGAGUGACUCACAUUUAGCAAUGGUGGAGUUAGAGUCACCGAGGAUGCUACAUCAGGAAUAGGAGGGAUUGCUGCCUUGGUUUCAAAUAGCUGCAUUUGGGGGGCUCCUCCUGCUGUCUUGGUUGCUUAUCCAAAUUCCUUCUGUCCUUCAUUCCAUGGUGGCAUCUUGGAUAUCCAUUCAUUCCACUUGGCCAGCAACUGAUAAAAGCAGGCAUUAUACCAGGAAUGAGAGGAAGCAGGACCAUCUGUUU